AUUUAAAUAAAGUUUAAAUGUUUAUAUUCUUGUUCGAUAAUCAUAUGUGUCACUCUUAAAAUAAAAUGGUGAAUUAGUUUGUAAAUCGGUAAUUCUAGAAAAUUUUUCAAUUAUGGUUUAACACCUUUUAAGCCCCCAAAGUAUGGGUACUAUGGCGCAUUGGUAAUUUUUCAUCUAUAAUUUUUUCAAGGCUUAUACGAUAAGAAAUUUAUAGACGCUCAAAACCAAAAAACCUUACCUUGUAAGAGCGUUCUCUGACCAUUUGUGACGUGAAUUCUUACACAAGCAAUCUUUUCGAUCGUUUCCCCACCCCAAUUCGUUCUUCGUCGUCAAAUAUGUUCCUCAGUCAUAAGAUGUUGUUUUAUGGAAAUUUUCAUGAUAUAAUAAUAUUUAUUUAAAAAUGCAUGCGAUAUUACAACUCAUCUUCAGAGAAAUCAGAAAUGGCAUGGAAAACGUUUAUUUGCCUCGUUUGCUUGGUGGCGUUUACAGUUUGUGAAGCCAUGAACGACGAGGAAAAAUUGACGGAAUAUCUUUUAAAGAAGGGAAACUACAACAGGCUGUUACGACCUUCUGACCAAGUUGGGAAACGAGUUAUUGUUCAUUUCGAUCUUCUUUUAUCACAACUAAUAGGCGUGAAUGAAAGAGAACAGUUUAUGGUUACAAAAGUAUGGCUUCCACAAAGAUGGGAGGAUGCUAGAUUAUUGUGGGAUCCAAAAAUGUAUGGAAAUAUUACAAAGUUACAACUACCUUCUUCAAAAAUAUGGUUGCCAGAUAUUGUACUGUACAAUAAUGCUGAUGGCGAAUAUGAAGCUUCAUUACAGUCCAAUGCGAUUGUUUUGUAUAAUGGUUCAGUGUCGUGGAUGCCACCGGCAAUCUACAGAAGUGCUUGCAGUAUCAAAGUAUCAAACUUUCCAUUUGAUGAACAAAACUGCACAAUGACUUUUAGGUCUUGGACUUAUACAAGAAAGGAUAUUGAUCUACAUUUAACCAAUAAUGUGGCAACCUUGGACGAUUUCACACCCAGUGGGGAGUGGGAUAUUUUGGACACACCUGGAUCGAAAAGCGAACAUAUUCACGGAGAACCUCAUGAAGAAAUAACAUACAGCCUCAUCAUAAAACGGAAACCUCUUUUCUACACCGUUAAUCUGAUCAUUCCCUGUAUAUUAAUCACAUUUCUUGCUAUCCUGGUGUUCUAUACACCAUCUGAUUGCGGUGAAAAAAUGACGCUUUGUAUCUCAGUUCUGCUGGCUCUCACUGUUUUCUUGUUGCUUCUAUCAAAAAUGGUUCCGCCAACUUCUUUGGAUGUCCCUUUGAUUGGUAAAUAUCUGAUGUUCACUAUGGUUCUUGUAACAUUAUCGAUUGUUACCAGCGUAUGUGUGUUGAAUGUCCACCACAGACAAGCAAGUACUCAUGAGAUGCCACAGUGGUUAAGAAGUUGCUUUCUGGAAAUUCUUCCGCCACUAUUAUGGAUGAAUCGUCCACCAGUCGAAGAGGGAAAACAGUAUGCACAGAAGUUAGGAUGUUUAGCGUCUUGGAUACGAAUACUAACAUUGUAUUCAAGGAAACCAACGGAAUUGAACGGAUCAACAAGAAAACGAUAUUUUGUGUCAAAAGAUGGAGAUGACAUUAAUGAAGAGACGAGAUUCGGUAUCAAUCUCGGUGAAGUGUCUGGAAGUCGUUAUGUUCGUCGUGAAAAAGCGAGCGAACAAUCCACAAUGUCGCACGAAUUACAGACUGCAAUUAAAAGCGUUGAAUUCAUAACUGAGCAUUUGAAAUCAAGAGACGUUGCACAAUCAGUUUCUGAAGAUUGGAGGUAUAUUGCAAUGGUCAUUGACAGAGCGUUCUUCAUAUUAUUCAUCAUUGUAUUUGUUGCGGGUACAAUCGGCAUUUUCUUACAGCCUUUUGUAUAGUUAAACUAGGCUUACCCACCGGUAUUUCUUGAUUUAUGAAAUGCACUAAAAUACCGUAAAUCUCUUGCCUUUCUUUUAUACUUUCUUGAUUUUCUACUACAAUUUUUUCUAGUUGAACACUUCUCAAAACCAACUUUUGGCCAUGACUGAUCCAUGCUUAGUCGCACUCAUUUGAAUUCAUAUGACAUUCAUAUGAGUGUCAGCAAACUCAUUCCGACAAAUCGAGCAUUUUCUAAUGUUUUUUCCAAAAAUACACAAAAUAGAAAGAUGUGUAUUUCUCCCGACGGUGGAAUUGAGGUAUAAAUCUCUUGUCAAUAUAAUAAUGGUCGAAUGGACAAGCACCCACCAUGCUAAGAUUAAUCAAAAAUAUACCAACAUAUUGUAAUAUCUUCACAUUUUCUUUCGCCAACCGAAAAUAAAACUUAAUCAUUAAUUGCAA